GCAAGAUUCUGCAGCCAGGCAACGGUCACAUACCUGUAUAAGGUAUACCCCCCAGGAUGGAGUUUGAGGAAUCAUCACUCCGCGGAAUGUAUGACCUUGUCACCCUCGGAGUCGCAGGAGGAACCCAAAUCUCAAGCCGCACUUCGGCCGUGCUUGCAAAACUGCUCUCCACCACCACUACUGGUGAUGAGACGACGAAGACGUCCAUUGUAGCGCUCACUGCAACAUCCAAAGCAGCAAGCAAAUUAAUCAGCAUCGUGGAAAUUGCCAAGCGAGAACUGCUAGCUCGAGGUCAGAAAGUCUACCAGUACAAUGCGCUGGGCUCAAGAAUGACUGAAAUCCCGCGUCGUACACACGUUGAGACUGUCGUCACUGCGGAAAAUCCAGCAGAAGAAGAAUCUGAUGAAUCCGAAGAGGAUGCCUUUGAAGUCAUGGGAGGAGUCGUCGCCGCUGCCGCACCAGGGCAGGAAAGCGAAGGAAUGAAAAAGAGAAAUAUACCAACGUUGAAGAUCUAUCUAUCGACUGUCUCGGUGAAGGAGCUCAAGCUUGCAUUUGGAGAACAGACCUGAGAGAUGAUGAUGAAGGUGACGUCCAAAGAUACCUACAGGUGCCUUCCAGGUUUUGUGUACCAGGUAUCUACAGGUAUCUACCAGGAAAGGCAGGAUGCCGUCUUCUCUGCAUUUUGGGAAACAGAGACACGUGACCUCACGAAUCGCACUGUCUUCCCCAAACUUAGCUUGCACUUGGCGUCUUCUAGUUCUUCUCCAAGGAAGGCAGAGCGCAAGACCCAGUAGAUAGAGUCCGUGGCAAUGCCAUGUGUCAUGACAAUCAUGCUAGCUCUAUAGGUCCCCAGUGAGAUCGUGCAGAGAUGCACGCAUGUACCUGCUUGGAGAGCAUAAACAACCUUUAGGCUCUGUCACGGAUUCUGUCACGGAAAGGCUCAG